AUGGCCGCCUAUCAGCUUGAUUCGAUAGAAAGUAUCAUUGCAAAUACAGAUCAGCCUGAUUUGAUGGAAGAGAUUGAAAAAUCUGUAAAUGCGGCCGAUACGACGGCAAUCGUGGCGGCAAGCAAUCCGGUGCUAGGAAACCUUGGCAAGCGCAAAAAUCGAAGCAUCUACGCGGAUAAUCUUGCUAUGCAAGCCGCUUCUUUUACAACUAGAUUCAAUGAUAGAAAAUACUUGAAUAGCGAUUGGGUUAAUAAAGUAUUCAAUUCAGACGAAGAGGUUUAUAAGGAAUUUAAUUUGCGAAAAGACGAAGAAGAAAAUAGUAAUAUACCUCGCGAUAGAUACGUCUCGAUUACCGAUGAAGAGAUAGAGAAGGUCACUCGGCAAUUAGCACUCACGCUAUAUGAUGACCGUUUGGCAAUUUCUCUUCAUCCAAUCAAGCCUCCUUACGUCUACUUUUCCCUUGAUAAAAAGAAGUAUUGGCGAGCUAAAAUUAAAGCAAAUACCGAUGAGAUUGAAUACGAAUUGCCGGGUCCAGCCGCUUAG